AUGGAUCUCUCCUCUCUCGAUGGUCCGCCUAUACUGGAUCAAAAGUCAGCUCAUGUUUCAUCAACUCCAAUACUGGUGGAUUACUCAUCGUUGGAUGGUCCUCGCAUAUCCGACUGGAUGACCUUUACCCCAGAUCCCACGCUCCCUCGUAUUCACCAAGAGAAACCAACCCCACAAUCCGAGGCACAUUAUUAUAUACUUUCGAAGCCUCUUCCGCCACGACCAGCCUCUGCAGAUCCCUCGACUUCGCGACAACUGCGAAGGAAGCCCGUCCCUCCCCCUGAUAAGACUCAGAGUUCCAGUGAGGAAGUUGUUCCCCAAAAUACUAGCAAUCUCAAACGCGCUCCCGCUCGACGAGGCCGAGUCAGCCCUACUGAAGAGAUGAUCCUGGUACAGGAGUAUUUCAGCGAGGGCUCUGUCCGACCGACCGUUCCAACUGGCAUACCCUAA